AUGGCACCAAACAACUUCUUCGGGAUUGGUAUCUUCCGCAUUCUAGAAGAUGCGCAGCGUCGUGGUAUUGCUAUAGCCAACUCUGUCUUCUUCCCCGUCGCCGCCGUUAUUCUCGGUUUCCCCGUUGCAGCUGCCCAACAGCCCACCGGCUACUACGAGUUGAAUACCAGCAACCCUAGUUACUACGGCUUCACCGCCGCCCAAGUAGGCGACGAUGUGGAUGGGUUUAAAGUCCGUGCAGACGUACAAAGCCUGCAUUCUUCCGGAAAGAGCAACAACUGGACGGCGUGGGUCCAACGUUCUUCUCAGAUACGAAAAUACGACAACGCCGAAUGGUGCAUUGGUAACCUGUCCAUUGCGCUAAGUGGUCUUGGUUCAGCGUAUCAAGCCAGCGCUGCGGGUGCCACGACGUUGCUCACGCUUCUGCCAACUGCCGGCGCCCUUAUUGGGGCACCGACGAAGGAACUCUGGGUGCUCUAUAAGCUCAUGCCACUUGCCGGUGUCUUGUCUAUGGUCCUCUCUUUAGGCGGUAACAUCGUUCCAAUGGAGGUGAACCAAUACGAGCGCGUAGACUCGUUCGCGUAUGCCGGCAUGGUCGGUUCGAUCGCGAAGGAGCAGCCAGUGCAUCCGAGUAGCGCCUCGAAGACCAAGGGCUUGACCCAAGCCCAAGAGUUUGCUGAACAAGUUCAUGCGAAAAGCGUGGACUUCACCGGAUCGCGGAAGGGCACGAUAAUCACGAUCGUAGAGCAGAUGAAGCCGUGGAUGCUCUUCUGGUAUUUCUUCGCCGCUUGCUCAUCGCUGCUGGACAAUCUCGCAGGCGUACCCUUUACACGACAAUACACCAUCCGCGUGUCUCGGGCUCCCAAGAUCCGCAUUAGUGAUGAUGCACCAUGGGUCAUAUCUGAGCACGCGCUUGAUGAAAAGCUACCGGAUUCCAAUGCUCAAGCUGGUCUGAACAAGCCCUUGCCCGAUCCGAACGGUGCCACACCGACCCUUGUUGCGAAUAAGGCCGCCGCCAAGAUUUCCACUGCCACGACUAUCAGCACGGUUCCUCUUACACCUUCCACCACGUCACUCCACAGCAUCAACCUGGGUCAGGUCCCAGGUGGUAACUACCAGCCACUACCGCAGACAGCCCAUUCGACGCAUGUCGACACCUUAGCUGGCUUCGUGAAAGGCUACAAUACCUAUGGACGAGUCAUUAUGGACCCAAAUGAACCUUGGGCAGCUCAGAGCACGCCUUUCUAUGUCAUCAUCAGUAUCCAUGGCAUCUCGAACGCCCAUGCCACCUUGAGAGUCUUCAGCAAGUUCUUGAGUAUCGGAGUGUUUACAGUCGGCACAGCGAUGUUCGCUUCGUGCGCUUUCGUUACCAUCCUCGUCGCCGUCGCAGUGGCCAGUCUGACCCUCGUGGCUGGCAUCUUCGGCCGUGUGACGGCAAUGUGGAUGGCUUCGGAGCUCAUGCAGAACGAGCCCGUCAUACACCGUGUGGUCACGACUUACGCAGAGGCUAACCAGAUGGUCGAGGCCAUGCUGCGAAAGCCUGGCGUAAUGUUCGAAGUGCUGGGUCACCUGGUUGUGGAUGGCAGAUGCGUCAAGGGAUAUCGCCAUCAUAUACGCUGGAGCAAGAUACUGGGCGUGCUGGCCUCGCCGUAUGAUAUCAGUCUGCUUGCGAUGCCGGGCACGGUUGGACCUCGCAAGCAGCGUAAAUGGUUCUAAAGCGGAUUCUGGAGAUGGCGCACUGGCAGGUGUGAGCAAGCUCACGGAUGCGUUGCUUCGGUCAUGACAUACAUGAGCCGAACGUUCACAAAGUCGCAGAAUGGUGUGAUAAUGUAGUAUGGGCCGGC